CGCAGAUGCAGUCUCUCUGCCGACUUGUACAGACAUUCUCGAAGCACACAACCCGAUUUAGUGGGUCUGAGCCAGGAUAGUUGCAGAUGUCGUGAUCGCGCGUCCAAAUUCGCGACUUCAACACUCGCCAACAGCACCUCUAGGCUAUGGAGAAACUGCAAAAUCUUCGCCGCGUUGAAUGCUACCAUGCCCAUGCCAAGCACCAAAAUGCUGUUUACGUGCUUGCACAAGCUUGUACUUAUUUCGAGCAUGCUCCCAGGCUAUGCUUAUCGCUCUUGUCCCUUCUUGAGCGAACGUCUUCGAAAUCAUCAUGGCUGAACCUGUGGCGCCCAAGGUGCCGACUGCGAGUAUCGCAGAGACUCUUCCCACACAGGAGCCGCAAAUCAAGAAGCACCGGACAUGGUACCAUACGACUCUUUUUAAUGCCUGCGUUAUUGGAGGCGUUGGGUUCAUGUCACCUGGACUGUGGAACGCCAUGAACUCGCUCGGAGCUGGCGGUGCCCAGGAGCCGUAUCUUGUCAAUGCGGCAAAUGCGCUCGUCUUCGGACUUAUGGGAAUUCUUUGUUUGUUUGGAGGACCUAUCGCGAACCGAAUCGGACUCAACUACACUCUACUGUUGGGAAGUAUCGGUUAUCCUGUUUACAGCGCGGGCCUGUACUGCAACGACAGAUACGGCACUGUCUGGCUCGUACUUGUCGGCGCUGCAACUUGCGGAAUGUCAGCAGGACUGUUCUGGGCAAGUGAAGGUGCAGUUGCGUUAGGCUAUCCCGAACCUGGAAAACGAGGCCGAUAUAUGAACAUCUGGCUCUGGUUCAGAACUGGUGGGCCGCUCAUGGGCGGAGCUAUCGUGCUCGGACUCAAUCACGAUGCUCAUGCUGCGAAGAAGGGCAAAGUUGGCUAUCAGACAUAUCUGGUGUUUGUCGCUCUGCAAUGCUUGUCUGUGCCGCUUGCACUUGCUCUCAGCCCGCCGGAGAAGGUGCAAAGAGCAGAUGGCAGCAAGGUCAUCGUGAAGGCAGAGAGCAGCUUCAAGAAGGAGUUCCAGGCGCUCUGGCAGCUCAGCAAGAGGAAGGAUCUGUUGCUACUGCUGCCGGUGUUCUGGUCAGCCUACUUCAACCAAUACGCUGGCAAUUUCCAGACGUACUACUUCGGCGUGCGAGCAAGAGCACUCAUGGGCUUGUGUCAGUACAUCGGCGGCCUGAUCUCAUCUCAAAUCAUCAGCGCACUCCUUGAUUACAAAGGACUCCCCGUGAAGAAGCGAAUCGUCUACGGCUUCUUCUACGUCCUCGGGCUUCACAUCGUCGCAUGGGUAUACGGCUGGGUCGUUCAAGAGCACUACACCAGCAUGGAUGAGGCACCAGUCUAUGAUUGGGUCGAUGCAGGCUUUCUGAAAGGCUUCUUCGUCAUCAUCCUCUGGCAAUUCUCCCAGCAAGCUCUCCAGAAUUGGAUGUACUACUUGCUGUCCACCAAGACUGACAACAUCUCCGAGAUGGCUCGCUUCUCCGGUAUCUUGCGAGGACAAGAGAGUUUCGCGCAAGCUGUGUCCUACGGUAUCAACUCUCAGGAAUGGAAGGGUGGUCGUGUGCCGCUUGCUAUCAACACUAUUUUGUUGGGAGCUGCUAUCGUGCCUACAUGGCUGGUCGUCCGCGAUCAUGAGCCCAUUGAACAUGACAAAUUGCCGGUGCCUUUGGAAACUAGGGAAGCUGGAAGUGAGACUUCAAGCAAGCAUGAGGAACCACAGAAAUAGAGCAUCGCUAGCGCUCUUCCAGUACUCCAAAUUCGAAGCCGUUCUUUGACGACCAUUCAUUUCAGCAACCCUCUCGGGACUUCCGGACGACAACAUGAUCUGGAAGUGGAUGUCUAACAUCAGAACAUCGAAGCAGAGUGGACAUGUUCGUCGUGUCUCGCUCGCGUGCAGCCACGCGAGGACACUGUUGAAGACCGUUAUCACUUGGCACCCGAGACACGGCAGGAAAGGCAACCCAAAAAGCGCUGAACCUAACAAGCAUCUCCACAAGAGGUCUUCGCGAAGAAGGCGGGCACACGAGCUCUCUCUCAUU